AUGACUCCAGGCCCUGCUGAAUGUCGCUCUUUGCAUGGGGAGUUCCACGGACCUGCCUGUGGACACAACGGCCCCUACGCGCCCAAUGUCCUCUUCUGGUGCUGCAUCCUCUUCUUCUCCACCUUUGUCCUGUCGAGUUUGUUGAAGAAGUUUAAAACCAGCCGUUACUUCCCAACCAGAGUCCGAUCCACAGUGAGUGACUUUGCUGUGUUCCUCACCAUUGUCAUCAUGGUGCUCAUCGACCUCGGGAUCGGGAUCCCGUCCCCCAAGCUCCACGUCCCCCACAUGUUCAAGCCCACCAGGGAUGACCGUGGGUGGCUCAUCAACCCCAUUGGGCCCAACCCGUGGUGGACGGUGUUGGCCGCGCUCAUCCCGGCCCUGCUCUGCACCAUCCUCAUCUUCAUGGACCAGCAGAUCACGGCUGUCAUCGUCAACAGGAAGGAGCACAGGCUCAAGAAAGGCUGUGGGUACCACCUGGACCUGUUCAUGGUGGCCGUGAUGCUCGGGGUGUGCUCGGUGAUGGGGCUGCCCUGGUUCGUGGCCGCCACGGUCCUGUCCAUCACCCACGUCAACAGCCUCAAGGUGGAGUCUGACUGCUCCGCGCCGGGCGAGCAGCCCAAGUUCUUGGGGAUCCGGGAGCAGAGGGUCACUGGCCUGAUGAUCUUCGUGCUCAUGGGCUGCUCCGUUUUCUUCACCUCCGUGCUCAAGUUUAUCCCCAUGCCAGUGCUUUACGGGGUCUUUCUCUACAUGGGGGUCUCGUCACUCCGAGGAAUCCAGUUCUUCGACCGCCUGAAGCUGUUCUGGAUGCCGGCCAAGCACCAGCCCGACUUCAUCUACCUGCGCCACGUGCCACUGCGCAAGGUGCACCUGUUCACCCUCAUCCAGCUGCUCUGCCUCGUGCUGCUCUGGGCCAUCAAAGCUUCCCGCGCUGCCAUCAUCUUCCCCAUGAUGGUUUUGGCUCUCGUUUUUGUCCGGAAAGUGAUGGAUUUCUGCUUCUCCAAGCGGGAGCUCAGCUUCCUGGAUGACCUCAUGCCAGAAAGCAAGAAGAAGAAGUUGGACGAUGCCAAAAAUGAAGCCAAAGAAGAGGAGGAGUCCCAGAAAAUGAUGGAAGCAGCUGCUGCGAAUUCUGUUCAGCUGAAGCUGGGCAAGACCAGCAGGGUGGACACCCCAAAGCCCAGCAGUGACAGGGCUGAUCCUUCUGAGAUCAACAUUUCGGACGAGAUGUCCAAGACCACGGUGUGGAAGGCUCUGACCAUGAACACAGAAACGCUCUGAAGCCGGGAGGAAGGAGGCGCCUCGACGCCGCCGUCGAGGAGCAGGAGUGUGACUCAGGGAUGUGCCAAGGCAGACACGGAGGAGCGGCUCGUUUCCCACCCGAGGGGUCCCAUAAAGCCAUGCAGAGUUUCCCGUUCCCCGGGCUGCUGCGGCCUGGGGAUCCGUGUUGUCCAGCCUCGUGUGUCCUCGUGUGUGUGUGUGUUGUGCAGUGGUGGAGGCUCCGCUACCGCUUCCCAUCAGUUCUAUUUUUUUAAUCUCGAAUUCCUUCUCUCCUUCCUCUUUUUUUUUUCUUUUCUUUUUUUUUCUUUUUUUUUUUUUCCAAAUAUAAACUCUGAAUGUACAAAA